AUGUUUUGCAAGAAGUUGAUGUCGAGGUUAUUCCUAAUGAACGGUGUCAGAGGUGGUUCAGAGCUGCCGGACGAAGAGAAACAAUCCAUGAUGUUUUCCUGUGCGCUGGUUACAAAGAAGGGUGACUCAGGUGGUCCUUUGACGAUGGCCGUUGAAGGCAGACAUGUUUUGAUAGGCUUGGUCUCUUGGGGAAUUGGUUGUGGCCGUGAACAUUUACCAGGGGUUUAUACAAAUAUACAAAAAUUCGUACCGUGGAUCGACAAAGUUAUGAGUUGA